AUGCGUCUCCAAUGGCUUAGGCGAGGCAUUCUGCCUCUCCUCUCGCUCGCAGCAACUGUCCGAGGUACCCUGAUUGCGAACCAGAGCGACGCGUACCUUCUCAUCGCCAAUGACAGACUGACUGCCGCCGUCAAUAAGUCAACAGGGUCUAUCAACUACCUCUACUUGGAUGGACAGAACCUGCUUGGUACGACGGCUUCGUCUGUUGUCACGCCUGGCGGCUCAACAGGAAACGGAGUCAGUGGCAUUGGGCCAUACCUGGAUUGUUACUGUACUCCGAGCGGAGCCUACACCCCAGGGUCUCAAAAGGCCAACUAUACACUUUACUCCGGCGUCGAUUCAUUGAACGUCUCCUAUGGAGGAAUAUCUAUGAGCCAGGUCUAUGCUCCGACCGGGCAGGUGCUCGAGCAGUACUGGUUCCUCCGCGACGGCGAGACGGGCCUGCACAUGUUCAGCCGCUUCGCCUACCACAACAAGACGAGGCCUUCGUCGGGCGUCUUUCAGGAAUUCCGGACACUCUUCAGGCCCAACACGCCGCUCUGGACAGAGCUGGUCACAGACUCCGAGAUUCACGCUCCUUCUCCUGUGCCGAACCCUGCAGCAGGCAACUCCUCGUUGGCAUACACUGUGCAGGACGCGACAUGGUACAUCGGCAACAGGACUGCGGACCCGUACGUCGAGGCAUUUUCUGACUACUUUACAAAGUACACGUUCUCGAGCGUGUGGAGGGACCAGAAAGUCCAUGGAAUGUUCGCAGAUGGCAAGCACAGCAACGAUGGGUCGACUUUCGGUUCUUGGCUUGUGAUGAAUACGAAGGACACGUACUUUGGAGGCCCAACCUGGUCGGAUCUCGUGGUGGAUGGCAUCGUGUACAACUACAUCGUCUCGAACCACCACGGCAACCAGGCACCUAAUAUUGUGGAUGGGUUUGAUCGGACUUUUGGCCCGUCCUACUAUCUUUUCAACAAGGGACAGCCUGGGGCUGCAUGGCAGGAUCUGUACAACGAGGCACUCGAAUUGGCUACCCCCGAGUGGAACGCACAGUUCUACGACGACAUUGCACAUCUCGUGCCGAACUACGUGCCCACUUCUGGCCGUGGCUCCUGGAAGGCCACCGUUAAGAUCCCUGAGGGCGGCGAGAAUCCGGUUGCAGUGCUGUCGGUCCCAGGUUUCGACUUCCAGGACAACAGCAACGACACAAAUGCAUACCAGUACUGGGCCGACAUCGAUGCCGAGACGGGCGAGAUCCAGAUCGAUCGGGUCAAGGCUGGUAAUUAUAGGCUCACCGUGUAUGCGAACGGAAUUUUCGGUGACUACGUCCAGGAGGGCAUUGUGGUAGAGGCUGGAGAGACGACAGACACUGGGGUCAUCACUUGGGAAGCCGAGUCGGCUGGCAAGGAGCUCUGGCGAAUAGGCACGCCGGACAAGACCGGCGGCGAGUGGCUCCACGGCGACCACCCCGACCCAGACCAUCCCCUUCAUCCCCCAGAAUACCGGAUUUACUUUGCCGCGUACGACUACCUCGAUGACUUCCCCAACGGCGUCAACUUCCACGUUGGUACCUCCGAUGAAGCCAAGGACCUGAACUACGUUCACUGGUCGGUCUUUGGCGGCUACGCGAACUCUGUGCGCCCGACACAGGUUGAGGGAGACGGGAACAUCAACAACUGGACCGUGACUUUCGACGUGGACGAACAGGCAUUAGCCGGGACGACGGAGGCCAUCUUCACCAUCCAGCUCGCUGGCGCGAAGGGGGCUUCUGGGAACACAGACGUGUUCAAUGCUUCGCAGCCAUAUGCCAACAUCCCUUACAACGUGGUGAUGAAUGGUCACGAGUUGGAGACCUGGACAAUCCCGUAA